AUGGGCUCCUAUAAAUCAUGUCAAGAUCGCCCUGGUGGCGGCAGUUCCAGUUCAACGGAUAGCUCGACAUCCAAAAGUACCGCGGCUACAGCCCUGAGCGACCGUCCGAGCACCAAACGAAGAGAUAGGACUGUAGUAUACGAAGAACGAGCUCCAAGGCUUAGAGACUCGGUCUCCACAUAUGCUACAUCGACAGAUUCAGCCACAGAUCUCCCGCCAGAGGGACCACGCUAUGAAGUACACGAGCGGGAAGAAUUCUUCCCGCUUGACGCUAUCCCUUCUACCCCAUCCUCUUUCGCGCCUUUGUUUCCUUCGUCGAGACGGUUGCUUAUUCGCCAUGACGAUACCACCAUCGACGGUAAUAUGAACCUGCGCGUCGACACGCCCGUCCAUCUUCGGGACGGCUCGCAGCGCGAUGUUAUUCUCUUCCAUCUCCGCAUGUAUGAUCUCUUCUCGAGAAAGUUCUCCUUUCGUCGCUACUGCCGUGACUCGGGGCGGGAGGUAUGUCAUUCAGCAAGGAGAGAAGUCACCCCCGGUCAGGAUAAACGUCCUGCGUUCCGUCGAUCGUGGAGUUCCGUCUUUGCCAGUUUGCGGCCGGGUUCCAGUAGCAAUGGUGCGCCCUCAACAAACACCACAGCAGCACAUGGAGAUCUCAAACGACAAGACUCUGGUUUCGGACCUGGCCAUAUCCCCAGCAAGAGUGCCAGUCACGAAGCAGGUCCGAGUGAAGAUGUAGAAGGGGAAAAAGACCCAGGUACCGAAGCCGAGAGGCCGACACUGGUGGAUACCAUCCUUCUUGAAUUCUCCAAUUAUGCACACGUCGAACUGAAGAGGAAAGGACCUGGCCUAAACAAGAAGUACGAGUAUGAGUAUUGGUCCACGAAGUAUCAGUGGCGACGUGAGUUCCGCAAAGAGGGCGAUCUGCAUGAGGUGUCGUAUUUCCUAGUGGACACGCGCACUUCCAAGACCAUUGCCCAUCUGGUCCCGGAUACACUGGCGCCGCUCGAUGCGGUUGAGGAGGAGAGCAAGGGGGGUUGGGUGCCACCGUCAUCAUUGUGGAUCAGUGAUCCUGCGGUUUAUGAGCGGAUGCCUGACAUCGCCGAUGUGAUUGUGGCUACAGGGAUUGUGGCGCUAGUUGACGAUUGCAUUCGUCGCCGUUGGCAUCAAGAGCGUCGGCCUUCGUGGAUGCUCCCCGCUCAGCAUUUGACGAAGAGCUUGGAGCGCAUGGGCCCUCGGCGCCUGAUCGGUCAAGUACUUCAGCGACGAGGAUCUGCUUAA